UUGGAGAGUCUCCACCCAGCUGGGUCUCUGUCACAGUUCUGACCUCACUGCUGAGAUGUCCAACAAACCAAGCCUCUCUGACUGUGAGUCCCAGCAGCUCUCAGAUGUUUGAAGGACAGUCUGUCUGUCUGAGCUGUGAGGAGGACGACAGCUCUGCUGGAUGGACUCUGAGGAGGAACACAACCAGCGAAACCAGGACUCAGUGUGGAGAUGUCUGGGGAAGACCUGCUGGUUCUUCCUGUAAAAUCAGCUACAUGGACCCUUUGGACAGUGGAGUUUACUGGUGUGAGUCCAGAGAGGGAGCAACCAGUAACAUCAUCAACAUCACUGUCACUGGUGGACCAGUGAUCCUGCAGAGUCCUGUCCUCCCUGUGAUGGAGGGAGAAGACCUCACUCUGACCUGUAAAACAAAGAGGUCCUCCAACCUCCCAGCUGGUUUCUAUAAAGAUGGCUCCUUCAUCAGGACUGAGCCUGCAGGUCACAUGACCAUCCACCAUGUUUCCAGGUCUGAUGAAGGCCUCUACAAGUGUUACAUCAGCAGUGUUGGAGAGUCUCCACCCAGCUGGGUCUCUGUCACAGGUGAGGAGGUUACCUUUGAUUUCAGGAGUUCAUUCAUCCAGAUAUUCACCUGACAGCUGAUUCUCUCUACAGAGAAACCAAAGACCACAAGCCCUCCUAUGACCACAAGCCCUCCUAUGACCAAAAGCCCUCCUAUGACCAAAAGCCCUCCUACGAGCUCGCCACCGGCCCCUGAAACAACCUCAGCUCCACCCCCAGCCUCAGACUCCCUCCACCUUGUGAUCAGACUGGUCAUCCACCUGGUGGUGUUCUGUCCGUACUGCAUCUCCACUUUCAUCAUGGUGUCUUUAUAUCGACACAGAGCCACAGGAAAUGAACUGCCUGUCUCCGUGGUGAUGACCCCACCCAGCCAGGCUGAGGAGGGAUUGGAUGAAGACUAUGAUGUCAUCACUGCUGUCACCACGGAGCAUCACUUCUGAACUGAUCUGAAAAGAAGCUCAAAUGUUUCAAGUCCUCAUGAAUCAGAAACAGUGGAAGCCUCAGAACUCUUCCCUGUGGAUCUCCACAUGUUCUAGUUCAACCUGUAGAUGGAGGAUGUUAACCUAACACCAGAUCAGUCCAGAGAUUUGUGAUCAAACUAGUUUUAACUUGCAGCUUCUUGUAAUGCUUCAUGACGCAGCAUUUUGAAACCUGUUAGUUUACACCAAUGAGAUGAGACGGUGUAUCCUCGUUGAGCCUCCGUCUAAAAUUCUGCCAACUUCUGACAGUUUGAAACAUAAUAAAAUGGAUCAUUUCAUUUCUAUAGUUUGCAGCUGAUUUGACCGUUCCAAAACCAGCCUCUGAAAACGUAACCAGCUGAGUCACAGCGACACCAUCAGCUUGUUUUAGUCGAGCUGAAACGGGCCGCUUCAGAAAUAAAGGUUUCUUCUUGUUGCAAACUUUACUGUUAACUGGACUUUAGUAGCAGAUAGUUGUUCAGGUUCUGCUGUAAGUCGUGUUGUUGUUGUUCAUGUCGGUUUAGAUGUCAAGUUUUCAAUCUCUUCAGAUCAAAUAUAUUAAAAUGAGCAUCUUUUCUCUCGGUGCUUUGUUCCAAUGUGAUCAUAACUUCACUUCUCUCAUAUCCAACAGCCUGUUUCGUUGUAGCUGACAUGUGACAUAUUCGUAUAUAAAGAGGAAGGAGGAGGCUUUUACUGGCAACUGCUGUUGAUCCUCACCAAGAGAAGAACCUCAUCAACUCCAACAUCACAAUCCAACAUGGCUGCUCCGAGCAUCAACAGUAGUGAAAGCUGUGUGAACAUACUGUUUAUUAGCACUUCGGUUUUAUAUCUUGGUUGGUCGGCGCCUUUUGAGUGACAUUUUGCAGGUGAAGGCCCAGGAGGAACCUGACAUUUUGGGCACCUGAGCCUUUCCCCAGUAGACCUGUUCAGUAAUCCAUGCAGUGU